CCCGAAGGGCAGGUGCCAAGACAUUCAUCGCUUGGCAUUCGGGGACUAGAGUUUUAUAGGAAGGUGACAUGUACUGAUAGCGGACUCUAGUAUUUCUUCACAGAUAUACAUAAUCGAAAAAUGAUAGAAUGCUGGAUUUCGAUUAUUAUUGCAGUUUUACGCUGCAUCGCAAAUUUGAGAGAGAAAUCCAAACACUAUGAAAUAAGACAGACAAAAGACAAAAGAGGUCGAAAAAAAUGUUGACACCCCGCUCCACCUCUACGAAACAAUCUUCAUCCCUCCUCAUCUCCUUCCUCUUCCUAAUAAUCAUCCUCACAACUCUUAUAUAUUUUCUUCAAACAUCCUCUGUGUCCUUUGUCUCCCCCCCUUCUUCAUCUAAUUCACAUAUCUCCCCUUCAUCUUCAUCCACACCCUCUAUUCCCGAAUCCCUCAACCCCUCAUCACCUCUCUCUAAAAUCGUUCUGUUCUCCGAACAUUCGACAUAUGAGAAUCUUUCUCAUGAAUACGAUCAUCUUUGGGAUGAAUUACUUCCACAAAAUGGAGGAUUUUUGAGGGUUUACGACGAAGAUAUAAAGUCAAAUGGGAAAGAAAAUACGGAAGGAAAGAAAGGUGAAGUGCAAAAUAGGAAGAAACAUAAAUAUGGAAUAACUAUGUUUCAUUCUCUCCACUGCUUGGGAAUCAUGAGGGGAGGAGUACAGGAAUUGUUCAGGGAGAUGGAGGAGUUGAAGAUGGAAGUUGCGGAGUUGAAGAUGGGAAAGAGGGAAGAUGAUGAAGAGAUGGAAGACGAUGAAGAGAGGGAGAGCAAGAUGAGGAGGGAACAGAAGAAAAGAGCAGGAGGGGGUCAUGGGCAUGGUCAUGAUUUUGGUCACAUGGAACAUGGGGAUCCACUACAUUGGUUGCAUUGUUUUGAUUAUUUGAGACAGACAGUACUAUGCACGGCUGAUGGAACACUUGAGCCACCAAAAGCUGAUUCAAAAGGCAAGGAGAAUGUCGACGGGAUGAUGGAGAGGCAAUGCAAGGACCCUGAAGAGCUGUGGAAGUUGAGCGUUGAGUCAUUUGAGGCAACUAGUUAGAUGGUUGAUAUUCUAACUCUAUCAAUGUUCUCGUUAUUUGCACUCACGAUUUUUGAGUGCAAGAUACUUUGAUUACGGAAUUUAAUCGCAAAUCUGCACACUUGAAGAUGAUUAACCAUCCAUCCUAAUACCUCUUAUAGCAUCAUUGAGGAAUAUCUUGACAAUUUUUUAGCAACGCGUGAAUAGUGG